GACUGCUAUUGGAUUCGUCCCCACUCCAGGGAAUAAAUAGCAGUCCCCGGGACCGGCCCGGUCAGACGCUGGCUCCAGGAUCCAGCGCUGUGGCCUUGCAGGGUGAGGACAUUGGAAGGCAACGGCGGCUCCAGGGGAAGGUACCGUUCCUGUGCUGCGGUCUGCAGGCAAGGCAGGGGGGCACCUGGAAGACUCGCUGGUUCAGAGAGGAAGAAGCUUGCACAGGGACCACACGUUUCCUCUGGCCUGACCCUGCCUUUUCUAUGCUGACGCAGCCACGAUGCCUUUCAUCUUGCAGCUUCUGCUCCUGGCGCACCAUGUCCUGCAAGCCCUUGGCUCGUGGGGGGUCACCAGCCCCGAGAGUCUCCGUGGUGUGCGUGGCUCCUGCGUGGUGAUGCCGUGCACCUUCAGCUACCCCGACUCUGUGUCGGCCACGCAGGGCAUCGUGGCCAUCUGGUACAAGGACUUCGACGGCCAGCGCACCACGGUGUACCACUCUGCAGCGCCUGAGGAAGUGGAUGCCGGGUUCAGGGACCGAACACAGCUCAUUGGGGACCCAGCUGCACUCAACUGCACCCUGCUGCUGCGGGAUGUGGGGGUCGGCGACAAUGACAAGUACAAAUUCAGGUUCGAGAUUGUGGGUGGCGAUCGCUGGGUGGAUGCCAGGGGCGUGGUGCUGACCGUGACGGACGUCCCUGACAGCCCGACCAUCGCUUCCGUGGAGGAGGUGAUGGAGGACACGACCGUGAGCUUCGUCUGCUCCAGCCCCUACGUCUGCCCGUACGACAGCAUCGCCCUGCAGUGGAGCGGCUACAACCAGGAGGCUUCCACCGUGUCCGGCACCAUGCAGCUGGACACAUCUGGCACCCAGAGCCAGCAGACCCUCACCACGUCCUUCUCCUGGAAGGACCAUAAGAAGAAGCUGCAGUGUGAACUGUCGGUGGGAUCCCUGCGGGCCGCGGGGGAAAUUACUGUGAAGGUGAAGCAUGCCCCGAAAGGUGUCGAGGCGUUAAUCAGUCCAGCCACCAAGAACAUCCGUGUCGGGGACUCGGUGUCCCUCACCUGCCACGUGAACAGCAGUCACCCCGAGGUCACCACUUACAGGUGGUUCAAGAACAGGGCUGCCUUGUCCGGAAAUCAAAUCCUGACCUUCCACAGCGUGACCCGUGCAGAUUACGGCCUGUAUUACUGCGAGGUGGAAAAUCCCAUUGGGAUGACGGCGGCCAAAGCGGUGACUCUCAACAUUUUCUCUGCGGUGAUCUCUGCCAGCCCAGCGACGGCAUCGCGCGAAGGCAGCACGGUGACGCUGACCUGCGACGUCCCCGGCGAGGAGCGCCAGGAUCUCAGCUACACCUGGUACAAGAACAACGUGUGGCUCAAGGAGGGGGCGGCGCGUGCCCUGGUGUUCCUGGCCGUGGCCACCAGCGACACCGGCUACUACUCCUGCAAGGUGCAGAACGAUAAAGGCAGCGAGAUGUCCCAGGCCAUCAGCCUGACCGUGCUGUAUCCGCCCAGGACCCCAGCCAUCACCUUGUUCCAGGACAUGCAGGAAGGCAAGCUGGCCAUUGUCCACUGCAUGGUAGACAGUCACCCUUCCUCCAAGCUGUCCCUUUACCGUGAUAAGGUCCUCCUGGCCACCACUGACUCCCACGCGGCGCCCAACCAGCGGGUCAGCAUCACGGCGUCCCGCAACUCCUUGAAGCUGGAGAUCCAUCACGUGCAGCCGGAAGAUGACGGCGAGUACGAGUGCACAGCCACCAAUGACUAUGGCACCUCCACCGCCUCUCAGAAGUUUCUGGCCCAAGCUGCCAGGGUCCUGAUCAGCCCAUCUGCAGAGGUGCGGGAAGGCGAGGCCGUCACCCUGACCUGCGUCGCCACCCAAGGCACCGAGGAAGGGACCAUCUACACCUGGUACAAGAACGGCCAGUGGCUGAGCGAGGGGCCGAUGAAGACCCUGACCUUCCCCUCCGUGAGCAGCGGGGACGCGGGCGCUUUCCACUGCAAGGCUCAGGGCAUCCGAGGCAGCAACACCUCCCCGGCCAACACACUGCGGGUGCUGUUCCCCCCAAGACAGCCCGUGAUGAGCUCCCUGCUGGAGACGCAGGACGGGCAGCUGGGCAUCAUCCAGUGCGUGGUGGAGAGUGACCCCCAGGCUGAUCUCAGCCUGUUCAAAGGAGGGGAACUGGUGGCCUCCGCUUGUGGUUGUCACUCGAAAGCCCGCCACCGGGCCCGUGUGACCCCCUCGCACAACAGCCUGAAGAUGGAGAUCCAAGACGUGGUGCUGGAGGACGAGGGCACAUACAUGUGCCAAGCUAUCAACACCUAUGGCAACUCCAGCGUCUCCAUGGACUUCACAGCUGAGACAGCCAAAAUUGCAGUGGCCCCAUCCCCCGAGGUGCAGGAAGGCCAAGGGGUCAACCUGACCUGCUACCUGAGCAGCAGCUCAGCCAACACAGCCAACUACAGCUGGUACCGCAAUGGGCAGCAGGUGACCGAGGGCCCAGCCAGUGCCCUGGUCUUCCAGCAGGUGAAGAGCACGGACGCCGGCAUCUAUUACUGCAAAGCGGUGAUGAACCAGACCAGCAAAAGCUCCUCCACGGUUUCCCUGAACGUGCUGUAUGCCCCAAGGAACCUGCAUGUGACCUCCUUUCAGGAGACGGAGAGGGGGCGGCUAGCCAUCAUCCAUGGCGUGGUGGAGAGCAACCCUCCCGCCCAGCUGUCCCUAUACAAAGGCCAGGACCUGGUGGGGUCUACCAGCUCCCAGCCUGCAGCCACCUCGCGGGUCAGCGUCGCGGCCGCGCAGAACUCCCUGCGCGUGGAGAUCCAGGACGUCCGGCUGGAGGACGAGGGGAAUUACCACUUCACAGCUAGCAAUGCCUACGGCUCCACUUCCAGCCACCUCUACUUCCGCGUGCAAACGGCCCGGGUCCUCGCCACACCUGCCACGGAGGUGCAGGAAGGGGACGCCGUCUCCUUGACCUGUGAUGUGAUGGGCAGCCCCCCCGAGGACACGGUCUACACCUGGUACAGGAACAGCAAACGGCUCCACGAGGGCCCCGACAGCUCCCUCGCCUUCCCGCACAUCACCAGCCAGGACGCCGGCUCGUACCACUGCCGGGCCCACAGCCCCGAGGCUGCCAGCAGCAGCGCUGCUCCCUCCAUCGUCUUACACGUCUUCUAUCCACCACGGAAACCCCAAAUGACCUCUUUUCUGGAGACCCAGGAUGGGCAGCUGGGCAUCCUGCAGUGCACGGUUGACAGUGACCCUCAGGCCGAACUUUCUUUGCUCAGAGGAGAAGAACUCAUAGCUUCCACCACCAUCUCCCAGUCAGUGGCUGGGCAGCGGGUUAAAGUGUCUUCCACCUACAACCACUUGAAAGUGGAGAUCCCGGCGGUGGUCAUGGAAGAUGAAGGAGAGUACGUGUGUGCAGCUAGCAACGCGUACGGCAAUGCCAGCUCCUCUAUGAACUUCACUGCGGAGACUGCAAGGGUCUGGAUCUCUCCUUCCCCGGAUGUCCACGAAGGGGACGCAGUUAACCUGACCUGUGCCGUCGACAGUGAUGCCCAAGAGAUACCUCAUUACACCUGGUAUAAGAACAACAUAUGGUACAGUGAAGGCCCUGCCAGAUCGCUUGCAUUUCCCAAGGUUGCUGUUGCCGAUGCUGCAUCCUACCACUGCACCGUGAAGACCCCGGAGAGGGUUAGAAGCUCUUCCCCUGGCACUUUGAACGUCUUCUAUCCUCCCAGGACCCCCCUGGUGAAAGCCUUCUUGGAUGCGCAGGAUGGGAAGUCAGCCAUCAUCAUCUGUGCCGUCAGUAGCAACCCACCCUCCGAAAUCACCCUGACCCGAGCCAGUGAAUUGGUGGCUUCCAGUUCGUCCCAAGGGACCAGGACCCCGAGGCAGCGCUUACGUGUCUCAUCCUCCCCCAACUCCCUGAAGCUGGAGAUCCAGGACGUCACCCUGGAGGACGAAGGGGAGUACGAAUGCUCAGCUGCCAAUGGCCUUGGCGAGGCCAGUGCCUUCGUAAGCCUCCGCGUACAGACUGUGAGAGUGGUUGUCCAGCCAGCCCCGGAGGCCCGGGAGGGAGAUCUUGUCACGCUGACCUGCGAGGAUACGCAAGCCCAACCCAGCACCGUUUACACCUGGUACAAGAACGCCGCGUGGCUGGCGGAGGGCACGGCCAGGUCCCUCGUGUUGCAAGGCGUGGCAGGCUCCGACGCCGGCUCCUACUCGUGCCGGGCUCAGACGGAUGGGGGCAGCCAGGCCUCCCUCCCCAUCACCUUGCGUGUGCUCUAUGCCCCAAGAAAGCCGUCCAUGAGCUCCUUCCUGGACACACAGGAUGGGCACCAAGCCAUCCUCCACUGCACAGUUGACAGCGAGCCCCCGUCUGACCUUGUCCUGUACCGACAGGAUAACCUUGCACUCAUGGCCUCCACCCGGGCCUCCCAUGGUCCGUCCAACCCGUGGCUGAGCAUCCACCAGUCCCACAACUCCUUGAAGGUGGAGAUGAAGGACGUCGGGCUGGGAGACGAGGGCCAGUACGUCUGCUUGGCGAACAACACCUAUGGCAUUGCCAUGACCUCUGUGCAUCUCCACGUGGAAACUGUCAGAAUCACGGUUGACCCAUCUCCAGAGGUCCACGAAGGAGCCACAGUCAAUGUGACCUGCGAGGUUGCCCUUCGGGUAGCAGGAGACAUGAACUUCACCUGGUACAAGAACAGCAAGUGGCUGCAGGAUGGUCCCAUGGGGUCACUUCUUCUCCGUCACGUGUCUAGUGCCGAUGCUGGCUCAUAUCACUGUCGGGUGGAGGGGAGGGGAGGAGGUGCCACCUCAGCCCUGGUCAGCGUGAACGUGCUCUAUGCCCCAAAGAACCUGGUGGUCAGCGCCUUCCUGGACAACCAGAGCGGGAAGGUGGGCAUCAUCCGGUGCACUGCAGACAGCAACCCCAGGGCUGAGCUGGCCCUCUACAAAGAAAAGAAGCUCCUGGCCUCCACAUAUGCCCACCGCUCUGCCAUCAGCCCCAAAACCAGUGUGUUCCCCUCCUACAACACCCUGAGGGUGGAAAUCAAAGACCUCGUGUCAGAGGAUUCGGCCGAGUACGUGUGUGUGGCCAGCAAUGCACUGGGCAAUGCAACUGCCAGCUCCUACUUCAGUGCACGGACCCUCUCGGACCUCCUGGUGUUCAAGAUUUUGACUGGGCUCUCCAUUGCGGCAUUCUGCGUGGUUCUGCUCGCUAUGGCUAUGAUGUUUUGGCCCAGGGUCAUGGAGAUCCUGAAAAAGAAAAAAGAUGAGAGCGCCAUGGAGCUGACCAGCAAGGAGCAGCAGCAGCAGGAGGUCGGCGACCUCUAGAGCCAGGGCUCGUUGCACCGCACAGAAGUGACCGUUGCUGCCCAUGCUGAGUAGCCUUCGUGCCCUCGACUGGCAGGAUCCGGGCAGCGAGGAGCGAGCGACUGCUACCAAUCUACCCUGCGGAGAGCCAGCGCGGACGGGGCAUCUUCUCGGGGCCUGCCCUCGGCUGGAGCUGUCCCCCGGCGCUGCUGGGAUAAUCUCUGCUUCUCCCCCGACCCUUCUUCCUCCCUGCCCCUCUCUGCACCUCCCUGCUGCUCCUUCCCAGCCAUGGAUGUUGUUCUCACCUGCUGUCACAUUCAGUGAUGGAGACCACCUGUACAUAGCAUUUCUCCAGUGCUGGCAAGCUGUGAAGGCUUCCCCCCCACCCCGCCCCCAGGGGAAAGCCAAGAUACUGUGAAUUGGGGAGUGGGUUAAGCAUCAUUAUCAUCAUCUUCAUCCUCCUGUCUUCCGCUCUAAGCUACACAGGCCAUGCGUGGAAGCAAGCCCUGGAUGGCUGCUGUACAUUUCACUCAUCAUGGAAUAAAUACAAUAGCAAUGCAAA